ACACGUCAAAAAAUUCUAAAAUGGCGAUCACAAUGGCGAUGCAGUAGUGAUUUUAUUAUUAUUCUCUUUGCAAAAAAGCUUUACUGUAAAAAGAUAAAAGAAAUUCUUUUUCUGUUUUAUUUAUAUAAUUAUCCAAUGCAAAAGAUCCUUUUGUAUUACCAAUAUGUGGCACGAGGCAAGGAAACAAGAACGAUUGAUUCGCGGUAUGAUAGUUGAUUAUCGCCGGAGAGCCGAGCGACGCAAGGAUUUCUAUGAAAAAAUUAAAGCAGAACCAACACAGUUUUUACAACUCCACGGAAGACAAUGCAAAAUCCAUUUAGAUCCAGCUGUCGCGGCCGCUGGGGAAGGUCCAGCGAUCAUGAUGCCUUGGCAAGGUGACACUAACAAUAUGAUAGACAGAUUUGAUGUGCGGGCACAUUUAGACUUCAUACCAGAUGUGAAAACACCUGACAUUCCUCCAGAAGACCUGUCUCAAGAGGAGAGACAAUGCAACUAUGAGAGAUAUAGAAUCCUGGCACAGAAUGGGUUUCUUGGAAUAAGUGAAGACAAGUUCCUCCAGCAGCUUGCAAUCGAAGAGCAAUAUGGUGUCACUGUGGAAGAGAAAGAGAUGCAAAAGGAGAAGUUAAGUGAAAAGAAAGGGACAGGUGCAGCCAUAGGAUACAAUUAUAAUGAUCCUGGAGCCCAACCAUCCAGCUAUAACGGCCCAGAAGUCAAAAAGAAAGAGGUUGAAGUCAAGGAUUCUGAUGAUGAUUCAGACUUGGACAUCAUUGACGUUGAUCUAAGUAUUGAUGUCAACAAAAUGGAGGCUUUGCAGGCUCACGAGUUGAACGCGGUGGGGCCUCAGUUCGGCAUGGCGGGCUGCGACUUGUUCUCCUUCCUCACGGGCGACGCGGACGACGCCGAGCACCAGAAGCAGCUACUGCGCGAAGAGAAGGAGAAGGCCAUGUUCUCCGGCAGGAAGAGUAGGCGCGAGCGACGCGCGCAUCGGGACAAGAAGCUAGCGACGCGCGUUGUAAGCCCGCCGAGCUACGCGGCGCCGUCGUCGCUGGCUCGCGCCAGUCGCUCGCCCUCGCGCUCGCCCUCGCGCAGCCCGUCGCCGGAGCACAGCGCCAUACAAUUCAUCACCUCCUUCGGCCCGGAGGAAGAGGAGAAGCCUCCUCUACCACCAAAGCCUUUGUAUGCUGAUAAAUUGAAGCAAAAUCUGAAAAAGCCUGAUAUGCUGUAUUCUGAAGCAGUUCGAAAACCGAGACCUCGGUCUAAAUCGAUCGACCUGACGCGUCCUGCAAUCGGCCCGCGUGGGCCAAAUUCAACAUCGAGAUCUAGAUCUCGCUCCCGUUCACAAUCCCGAUCUCGUUCGAGGUCGCGGUCGAGGUCAAGGUCAAGGUCGAAGUCACGCUCAUCUUCCCGUUCGAGGUCGCGCUCUAGAUCGUCGAGGUCGCGCUCCAAAUCCUUCGUCCCGUAUCGAAGGACGAGGUCGCGGUCAAGGUCAAGGUCGAGGUCGCGCCCAAGGAAUUACAGGAGACGAUCUAGGAGUCUUUCCAAUCAUGCUAGUGGUUAUGCGAACCGUAAUAGAUCCAGGUCAAUUUCAUAUGAAAGCAACGGCAAAAGUACGGCUCAGAAGAAGGCGGUGCCGCGUUAUUACGGCCGACGCAAGGAAGACAAGUCUUCCAGCGAGUUGUCCUUAGACUCCGAGUCCAGCGAUUCUCCUGACGACGACAAAAAUAAGUCAGCAGUGGGCAAUAAAUCGAACUCAUACCAGAAUCAGUUACGAUUGUCUGGACGCAGCGCCAAAGGUCCAACGCGAGAGACAUUAUCAAUGAAAGAAAAGUUGAAAAGGAAAAUGCAAGCGCAACUAUCCAGGCAAUUGCGCGCAGACAAGCGGGCUGAGGCCGAGCGGCUAGAGCGCGAGUCGCGUCGCCAGGCGCGCCGCGACGAGGAGAUGCGCGAGCUCGCGCUCAAGCUGCGCCGCAAACAACGUGAAAUGAGACAUCAGCGUUAUCGUAACUCCAGCGAUGAAGAUUCGGACAGAAGUCGCAGUGGCUCUUCCUCAAGACAAUCCCCAUUCUCGGAAAGGAAGCGGGAUGCUCGAAGCCGUUCAAAGAGCAACCCCCCGCAAGAAAAACGUAUACCCGUUUGGGAAGCAGACAAAGAACCAUCACCACCACCACCACCGAUAUAUAAACUCAAACCUUCUGAAAUGGGCACAAGUUCAUAUUUGGGCAGAAAUCGAAACCCAGAAAUCUCAGAGGGGUACACCAGAGAAACAAGAAGCGAUAGUAGAGAGCAAAGCUAUCAGAAUAGAUAUGAUAGAUACCCAAAUCGAGAACCGGGCAGGCAUUUCGAUAACAGCUUCAAACACGACGCGUAUGAAGGUGCGAGUAGAUUCGAUCAGGAGAGGUACCAAGGGCCCGUGAGACGCCAGUUGAACCAAAGAGGCGGCUAUAGGAACCAGAAUUUUAGAAAUGCUGAACAAAAUUAUGGCGAUAGUACCUCCACGAGUAGAUAUCGAGAUUCUGAACACGGUUACGGCGACGGCCCUUCCAGCCGUUACCGUGAGCCUAGAGAAUAUGGCGACGGCCCCUCAGGACGCUACCGUGAUACUGAACAAAAUUAUGGCGAUGGCCCAUCGGGGCGAUAUCGCGAUUCUGGACAAAAUUAUGGCGAUGGUCCUUCGAACCGGUAUCGACAUGACCAAGGCCGAGAACCGAAUAAUUAUAGAAACAAAGUUAAACUUGUAGAUUAUUAAGCUAAGUAGAUAAACGCCAAUUUAGCAUGGUUAUGUUUCAUAAUAAGAUAAGUAUAAAUAAUUAAUGAAUUAUUAUUAAUAAAACAUAUUAUAUGCAUAA